GUCCUAAGGCACUAUGCCAAAGAAAUUAAAGACGACUGCUGUUCUAGCUGGUUCAAAUUUUUCUUACUUUCAUCGGGUUUUCGAGCAGAGUUUUGUACAUAUAUUGUAAAGAGUUGCAUUGGGUCAGUUUGCGUAUUUUUGAUGGGUAACAUACAUGACGCUUGGAACAACAGGAAUAACUGAUCAACAUACGCGCCGAACAGUGAUCAAAACAACUAGUCCGUUCUUCAUCAGCACUGACACUGCCUCGAAAGACGUAACUGUGUAGAACAUCAAAACAUUCUACGAGGAUCUCCAACAGAAGUCGGACUCAAAUCGGUGUGUGGGACUUAAAAAGUUCUCUCGUCCUCAGGAAGUGAGAAAAUUCUUUCUCGUCCUCGUGUUCUCUACGAUCAGAUUAAGCUUCCGUCACAUCGUCUCAACUUUAUCAGAGUCUUUAGGUUUAUUACUCAUGAUAGUACGAUCAACUGAAGUGUCAGAAACGAACAGUGUGUCUCUUGGAGCGCUAUGAUGAUGCUCAGAGGAAAAACAGAACAAGCUUUGAUAUAACAUCACACAGGGACCAGUACUCAAUCGAUUUUCGACCGCAAUGGGCUCAACAUCAAGACCCAAAGCAUACCCAUCGUGGUUUGUUUUGGUAAGCUUAGUAUUAAUACAAGUUCUACUGCAAUCUCGGGCUCAAACAACAAGCUGUACAGCACCCUCUUUUCGUGUCAAGCCAAGUAACUUCACGCUUGUCGAGGUUGGCAUGGACAUAAAGCUAUCUUGUCAAAUCAACCAACAGAAAAAAUUCAUUGAAUAUUACUGGCUUAAAAAUGGCCAUCGAAUUUACAUGGACAAUAAUCCUAGAAUGCGUAUUAAACCUUUGAAAUAUCUCAAAGUAAAGCAAACUAGAAGUGACGAUAGUGGUGUCUAUCAGUGCGUAGCAAAAAACAAGUGUGGCUUUGUCGAUGGUACGAUCAAACUCCAGGUCAAAUCCCCGACCUUGGAUCCUAGCGAUAAUUCUACAGGAAAAGUUCCCCCUAAACUUAUCGUAAACCCCCACAAACGCCACAAGACGUUGAUCGCAGUGCCUGUCGGGAAUUCUGUGAGACUGGACUGUUCAGCAAAGGGCAAUCCCCAGCCCGUGGUCAGGUGGUAUAAGGACGGUAAAAAAUUCAAUUCAAGAGACGGCGGUGUCAUAUCCCUUAGUUCUUACGACUUUGUCCUACAAUUACGGGACGUUGUACCGAAUGACAGUGGAAAGUACACUUGUAAUGUAACAAACGACUAUGGUUGGUUUAAUCACACCUACAGAGUAGACGUACGAGAACGAGUAAGAGCCAAGCCCGUCAUUCUAAGUAUUGACAACGUUACCGCGUGGGUUGGUGAAAAUGUGACGCUGGCCUGCAAGGCGAUGAGCGACUCUAUGCCUCAUUUCCAGUGGAUUAGAUGGUUUACUCCUUAUUUCAAUGUCUCCAACAACAGUUCAGCGCCUUUCGAAGUUAUCAAGCAGAAGGCAGUGGAUCCUUCAAGUCACAUAUUAAGACCACCAUUAAACCGAAAAUUUGCAUUUCACGGAGUGAAACUGACUCUUUAUAACGUGAGCAAAAAGGACGAAGGAAGAUACUCCUGUGUCGUGGGAAAUGCUGUCGGUUACAGCUAUGAGCAUGGAUUCUUGAUAGUCAAAGAUGGUUCAGCGACCGACCCUCCAACCACUGCGUUAACAGAGCGGCUAUACAUUGAAGGUCUUAAAACGAGCACUACUGCAUCGGUGGCUGAGAUAAAAAAGCAGGAGCCUAAACAAAAAGGAUUCGUGGUCAUUAUUUCCGUUGUUGGAGCUGUCUCCUUGUUUUUAAUCAUUCUGAUAGUGGUUGUUUAUGUCCUUUGGACAAAGCGAAGAAGUAAGAAUAUAUAUACAGAAGAUUACAAUGUCCAAUACGCCAGGCGCAUCGAGCAAAAUUCACGACAGAGACACCCUUCAGUAACCACAAGUACAUCGUCUUAUGGUUCUACAGCACCGUUACUAAGGAAACGGGACAUGCGCAUUGAUUCCAAUCUCUCUCAAGUAUCUGAAUAUGAACUACCGCUAGACGAGGAAUGGGAAUUGGAUCGCAGUUUGAUCACUGUAUCGGAAACUCUAGGGGAAGGAGCUUUUGGACGCGUUAUGAAAGCUGAAGCAAUUGGAUUGAAAAAAGCGCCGUAUAGCAGCUGCUUCGUGGCCGUUAAAAUGUUAAAAGAUGAUGCAACAGAACAAGAACUAUCAGAUUUGAUAUCCGAAAUGGAAACAAUGAAAAGAAUAGGACAACACAAGAAUAUUAUUAACCUCAUCGGUGCUUGUACGCAAAAUGGUCCAUUAUUUGUGGUUGUGGAAUACGCUGCCAACGGUAACUUGCGUCAGUUUUUGAGGAGUCGAAGACCAACUGAUGACUACAGUUACUCAAGCGGCAAAGAGAGACUUCAUCUUAGUGAUCUGGUUUCGUUUGCUUAUCAAGUUUCUCGUGGCAUGGCAUAUUUAGAAGCCAAAAAGUGUAUUCAUCGUGAUCUUGCUGCAAGGAACGUCUUAGUGUCUGAAGAUCUCGUACUCAAGAUAGCGGACUUUGGUUUGGCACGUGAUGUUCAUGAUGUUGACUACUACAGAAAGACAACGGAUGGUCGUCUUCCAGUGAUGUGGAUGGCUUUAGAAGCAUUAUUUGAUAGAGUUUACACUGCGCAAAGCGAUGUAUGGGCGUUCGGUAUCUUGAUGUGGGAAAUCGUUACAUUUGGUGGCUCCCCAUACCCUGGUGUACCACUGGAAAAACUCUUCGAGCUCUUAAAAUCUGGCUAUCGAAUGGAACAACCUGUGAAUUGCGAUGAUGAAAUGUAUGCCUUGAUGAUUCAAUGCUGGCACGAGGAUCCAGCCCGAAGACCAACAUUCAAUCAGCUUGUGAAGGAGCUCGACGCCAAGUUAACAGUCUUGUCUGACAGAGAAUACUUGGAUUUAUCGAACGUCUGUCAAAAUCCCAUCGCUCCUCCUCACACGCCGACCUCAUCAGAAUCGGUUCCAACACCAAGAGAAUCUUUAAGCUCAAGUGUUUUCGAAAGUAAUGAAAAUAUCUGGGGAACAAUGGAAAGUGAGCCGCACAGAAAUGCUGGGUUUUUGAAUUCUCCUAGAACUUUUUCAGAGUCGACGGAAAAUAAAAACACUGAUAAAGACCAGCGCGAUUCAGGAGUUGGUAUGGAAAACACGACGAACCAAAAUGUUAUCAUUGACAAUGCGAAAAAGACUGUAUUCUUCCGCGAACCCAUACACAGUGUGGUAUAGCGGCGGUUCCUGGCUGUUCAUAAUGGAAAGAAAAGCAAUUAAACAUGUGCGAUGGCAUCAAGAAGUUGAUGUGAGCAUGCGCGUGAUGCCUGUCUUUAAAAUCAUGCGGGUCUUGGAUGGAAAAUGGUAUGUCAAUUCUGAAAUUACGCUGGGUGCGAAAUAUCGCGUCUCCCAGCAUACCAAUUGUCGUCCUUCAAAAGGAAACACAGUCUAAAUAUGUUGUUAUAUAACAGAAGAUGUUGGUUUUAUUUCAAACUUAAAAAUAAAAUCCUAAGCUGUGAAGAAUCUCAAGUUUAUCCAAGAUGAUUGACACAGGGUCUAACGAACCUCCCCCAACCCCUGGUGAAAUCAAGAUUGAUCAACAUAGCGACAAUAAUUACUUUGACUCGAGGUAACGUGAUUGGUCAUGAGAUAAAAAGAUUUACUCCACCCUCGUGGGGGAAAAUCAAAUUCUGUUGUAGAUUAUUACUCUUGUGGUAAAGAAGAAAACUCUACGUCGGUGGGGUUGAUACACAAAAGUAAAUGCAAUCAGAAGACUCAACAAAAUGGACUAUAACCCACCCUCCUGGGAGAUAAAUAGACUUAAAAGUAUAUAAAAUCAGUUGUAUAUAUAUAUAUAUAUCUAUCUAUUAUGCUAUUAGAAUUACGAAAUGAAAUAUUAGAAUACUUACGUAUUAGUUACAAGAAAAUGCUGGAAUUGAAUAGUAUUAGUAUUUGGAUCAAAUUAUAGGAUGGAUUCCAGCACUUUUUAUUUUAUGAAGUUUAGGUAUGAGUCGUUCUUGUGAUUCUCGUCUUCUUACCUUGCUCGCUUCUUUCUUUCUUUCUUUCUUCUUUUCUUUCUUCUUUUCUUUCUUUCUUUUCUGCUUUCUUGAUUCAUUUACUUGCUAUUUCUAUCUUACCUUUCUUUUUCCCUUUCUUUCUUUCAUUUAAUCUUACGUAGUUAUCUAAGAAAUAGACGUCGAUCGGUGAUGGGACUUUAUAUAAGUCAUUAUCCUUAGUAGCAUAGCCUUGAGAGAUGUGCUGCUAUAAUUUCUCCUUAGAAAUGUUCCUUCGGUAUAGUUGGACAUGGUCAUGUUAACGAUCUCUUUCUUGGCUAUGCUCCUGCUGGUCAUAGCAUAUAAUACAGCCAUUUCAUAAAAAUGGUUGGUGAAGGUAUUGUUGCAUGACGCUUGCUUGUUGCUUACCAAAGCUUUAGUUGCAUAAUAUUCUAAAUAAUGUCAACACAGAAGAAAAUAUGCCAGAAAAAAUGUUGGCUGAUUGGAUUCACAUUGCCCAUAGUGCAUUCUCGGCCAACAUGCGACAAAACCUUCAGCAACCUUUUUUGAAACAGUUGUAUACUCUUACUUUACAUCUAAGAUGCACGAGGAUCUACCUUUAUACAAUGGAUAUUAAAAAGAUAACCACAUUUACAUUAAAAAAUGAUAUGAAGAACUUAUUCAGGUUACGUGAUCAUUAUCGCUACACUGUAGYUAGUAUGAUGACGUAAUUUGAGACUGAGAUUAUCCGAUAAUGACAAAUGUGAAUAUGCGUAAUUCUACCACAUUUGUUCUCAUGUGGCUGCCUAGUAAGUAAUGUCACGUGAUCAGUUCCGGCAUAUUGAAUAUGCGGGAACUGAUCACGUGAUAUUAUUUAAUAUGCCGGAACUGAUCACGUGACAUUACUUAUUAGGCAGCCAUUUUUUUCAUGACAUUACAACUUUAGUUCUUAAAAUUAAUGUUAAAAAACUAAAGGGGAAAAGAUUGACUUUGAAAUGGGUGAAUAUUGUCGAGAGAAUGACAUAGAAGUUGUAGCCCAAGGAGAUUGGGUAUUUAAAUGAAUCGAAUAAAUUGAAGGUAUAACAAAACAAA